AUGGUACCCAGUGCUUCAGGCAGACACUAUUCUUCUCAACAGAGGCUGUCCUACACCAUCCUCAGUGACCUGGCCUUGGCCCUCCUUGAUGGAACCGUCUUUGAGAUAGUGCAGGGCCUGCUGGACAUCCAGCACCUGAUGGAGCGAAACCUCUACAACCAGCGGCUCAAACUGCAGACGGAGCAUCGAGAUGUUGAGAUUUUGGGAAAAGGAGAUAAUAGUAUUCCUCAGAUCUCAAAAAGAUCUCAAAAAGACGCUGUGGAGCAGCGAAUCCAUACAGAGCUGCGGAUGAUGGACGAGAAAAUAGUCCUGGAGCUGGAUCAGAAAGUGGUGGACCAGCAGAGCACCUUGGAGAAAGCAGGCGUCUCUGGCUUCUACAUCACCACCAAUCCCCAGGAAUUGAUGCUCCAAAUGAAUAUGCUGGAGCUCAUUCGGAAGAUGCAGCAAAGGGAAAUGCAGCCCAGACAGCCGUUCCCCUGA